AUGACCCAACUGUUAGGAACCGCUAUCUUUUGGUGCAUAUUUGCCGCUUUCGUCUCGCACCACUUGCGAGCACACGUGCACGUGGAAGCAUCAGCGACACAUUUGGAAGCACCAGAGGAACAAUGGGGAGAGGAAGGCACCGGCGAUACGCCCCGUGGUUGGUGCGGAAGUCAUCAUUCUGCGAUUAAUCCAGAUGAUGUGCCGAUAGUAGGUACUAUGCCCCCUGAAUCAGAAGCGAAGGGUACCACUGGCGGUGAUUUGAUUAGUGCAAGAACUGCAUCCGUAGAUAAGAAACCUAAAUACACCAAUAACGUUGAUGAUUACGGGCAAGGGGAGAUUGACAGCAGGUGGAAACCAAUUCGCAUCAGAGCUUACACGCAAGACUUGAAUGACCCCAGCCGCUUCUGCACGAUGGCAGGUGAUGUCCGUAGCAUACUCGUCAGUGGGAAGACGACUGUUUGUACAGCGGGGGAUGUUCUCACAGUUCGCAAGAAGCGCGUCAUCGUGCAGGUCGCUAUUCCAAAGGCAAUCAAAUUACACACGGAUCGCCUGUUGGUAAGGAGAUAUCACCGGAGGAUUGUUUUACCAUCCUCAUACGCUGGAUACUGCAGCUUAUUCAAGGUGCCCAAGGGUCACUACACCAAUGGUUUUGAAGGUGAUGUUAGUAUAUACGUGGCGGCUCGGCCAACGAUAGGGAAUAUGGCGUGGGCUUCCGUGUGCGCAAUGCUCACUGACGGCCGCCCGGUUUCUGGCGUUGUCAACAUAUCCCCCAAGUACGUUGCCGAAACUGACUUCUUUGUGCGAGUUAUCGCACACGAAUUAGGACACGCUCUCGGCUUCCAAGCAGAUAUCCUCAUAAGAAGGGGAAUUAUGAAACAGAAAGGAGGCAUUCGCGGACUUAAAACCUCGUGGUUGGUCGAUUCUGAGGUUGCGAAGCGUGUCGCGCGGAAGCACUUCAAUUGCUCGACGGCUCCGGGUAUCGAAAUGGAGAAUGAAGGAGGCCCCGGCGUUUUCGCAACACACUUGGAGCAACGCAAUGCCGUCGAGGACGUGAUGGCCCCUUAUGGGAACUUGAAUUAUUUAACUGUGAUGUCGUUAGGGGUGUUCGCAAGUAUGGGACACUACCGCGUCAAUUUCAGUCGCGCAGAGAAGACGCGUUGGGGCCUAAAUCGUGGAUGUAGUUUUCUACAGGAGAAAUGCUUGCAGGAAGGAAAGUCAAAGCACCCCGACACGUUCUGCGAUCAUUUAUGGAAGAGCCGUCUGUUCACUUGUACCCAUGACCGUCUCGGACUCGGCCAGUGUUCCCUAGGUACACAUCGAACUGAACUUCCCGCCGAGUUCCGCUACUUCAGAAAUUCACGGGUUGGUGGCAAGUCCCGUUUCAUGGACCAUUGCCCGAUGGUGGUUCAGUACAACAGCGGUAACUGCGUCAAUGGUCAGUCGAAGUUUUUGCGUGGCAGUGAGGUUGGAAAGGGCUCGCGAUGUGUGAAGGGUGUCAAUUUGAAGUUUUCCAAUAAAGAUAUUGGUGACGUUUGUGUCCGUACGAACUGCACUGGCAAAGAGCUACAGAUUCGCUUUUUGCUAGACCACAGCUGGCAGACGUGUAAACCCGGUGCUACAGUGCAGCCCCUCGGUCGUCACCUCUGGAAAGGCAGCAUCAUCUGCCCCACGCGGGAAGAAGUUUGUUUCGAUGACGAGGAUUACAAGCUUAGAUUGACCCCACUUCCGAAACUCCCCACUGACGACAACGCGGCCGUGAACCCUCGUCAAAUGUGA